GCUACUCAAAAUAAAAAGUGUUCUAGAAGAAGUAUUGCGAGGAUACAAGCUGAAUGAAUCACAUAUGUAUAUACCAUAAGUCAAUUCAGAUUGUGGUCUUCGAUAUAUACAUAUGUACUUUUCAACCGCGCGUGUGCUUGACCAAUGAGAGCCCACCGAAGCCGCUGACACCCGUCAUCUAAAAUCGCGACUCAACCCCCGUCAAAAUCGAUUGCUUGGGCGGAGUUUAGCGGGGAUGUCAUCUUUAGCUGGGCAAGAGGACACCAUGUUCACAACAGUCGAUUCGUGAACGAUCUCCAUCCAAGAAAGAGAUCUCUUUCCACCUCGAUCGUACAUUGUCCAUAUUCCAGAAUGGCAUCGACUUCAGAGGCACGGCAACGGCGUCCUGUCGCGGACCCUGGGACCCCCGACCCAGCAGCUCCCAUCAAACAAGUCGCAGCUUCGGAUGCAAAGGCGGCGUCGAAAUCGGGAUUCUCGGUCCUCGAUGUGCUGAGGGUCCUCGGAGGCGUGCUGCUCAUGAGCACCGCCGUGAGCUACCUGACCACCAGCGGCGAAAGCUUAACAUGGGGAUAUAACCCCUGGUGGACACGAGCGCGCGAGUGGAAAUCAAUGUUUGCCGGCCCCGUCUCCCUCACCGACGAACAGCUCCGCGCCUACGACGGCUCCGACCCCACCAAGCCAAUCUACCUCGCUCUCAACGGCACAAUCUACGACGUGUCCUCGAACCGCCCAACCUACGGCCCAGGCGGCUCGUACGCCUUCUUCGCGGGCCGCGACGCCGCGCGCGCGUUCCUAACGGGCUGUUUCCGCACCGACACGACGCCGGACCUGCGCGGCGUCACGCGCAUGUACAUGCCCAUCGAGCCGUGGGAGCGCGAGAUUCCCGACGACGUCUCGGCCGAGGAGCGCGCCAAGAUGAAGCGCGAAGCGGACGUUGCGUUGGAGAAGUUCAAGAAGAUGAGUAAGGCGGAUAUCAAGAUCCGGAAUGAGCGCGAGUUGAGGCAGGCUAAGAAGAGUAUGAGGGAGGGGUUGGAGCAUUGGCAUGUGCUUUUUAGAGGGGAUAAGGGGAAGAAGUAUAAACAGGUUGGACAGGUUAAGAGGCCCAAGGAUUGGUUGAAGGGCGUGGAGAAGACGGAGCUUUGCGAACAGGCCGAGAAACAGAGGCCUGUUAGGAAGUAUGAUUGAACAGUGUUUUUUUGAUCUGUGGGUGGGAUAUGGAGGUGUGUGUUGAUAUCAAGAGGGGGACAUUAACAUAUCAAUAGGAAGAACAAUUCUUCGUGUAAAAACUUGCACCAUUUGAAAUAAUGCACUUUUUCUCGUUUUGCUACAAACGUGUCUUUUGCGAGCGAUGGAGCCUGUUCAUUUUCAAUACCCUUGACAACUCAUACAUGUCCUCAAUGCCUAUGUAAACACUUUAACCCCCGAACUUCCCACAAAGAUUCCGAGAUGUACGAUGUGUAACUUCACUGCGCAACGCAACAUGGCCUCUGCCCUCCCCCAACGGCGUCUUCGGGCACGAGUACAUUACUUUUUUUCAAUCGUAGAAACAGUCAUGAAUUCCAUGUCGUUGCAUUGCUAGCCUUAUGCAAUAUAAUGUUUCCCAACUUCGAUCCCACAAAGACCCAUACAUAUGACCAUUUGUACUGGAUCCUGUACUCUCAAGAAGACGGUCAAGUAGGCGAUGGCACAAUCUUUGUCUUUCUUCUUAGUCAGGAUUCAAGUGAGCGCCGUACUCAACAAUCCAGACUACGGUAUGAUAUGUCUUGUUAUGACUGGGCCAAUACCGAUGUGUUUGUCACCUAUGCGUUCUUUGUUGAUGCUGCAGUUAACUUUGGCUCAAAGAGUGGGAUGUAUGACUUGGAGGAAAGAGAUGGAACAUUCAAAGUGCUGGUGGUAGGUUACGCUUUCAUUCCAUCUGUCAUUCUA